UUAAAGACCGAAAACUCUUGCCACUGCUACUAGUUCAAAUGCUUGUGAUUGUUGUUACCUAGAGUAUAUGAUUGAUAAGAUGUCCGCUUUUGUAUUUCUGCUGUGUCUUUUCUGCCUAGGCUCAGUGCAGGCUGGGAAGUUACUGGUCAUUCCAGCAGAUGGCAGCCACUGGACGGGGAUGAAGAGUUUGGUGGAGGAGCUUGGGCGCAGAGGGAACCAGGUGGUUGUUGUCAUCCCAGAAGCAAGUCUUAGCAUGGGUCCAUCAGAACAUACUACUACUAUGAGAUAUCCAGUACCCUACACCAAAGCCAAGCUGGAGGAGAAUGUCAGUACAGGUGUUACAAAACUUUUGAGUGCAGACGUGUCUACAGAUCUUGCCAGGUUUAGAGGUUUUAUGAACACUAUGGAUAUGCUUAAAGUUAUGACCGCAAGAAACCUUGAGAGUGUCUUGUUCAAUAAGGAUUUGAUGAAAAAACUUAAAGACUUUAACUUUGACGCCAUCCUCACAGACCCCUUUGAGCCUGUUGGAGUUAUUCUUAGCGAGUAUCUCUCGAUUCCAGCCAUUUACACCCAGAUAAGUCAUCCAUGUGGCGCUGACACUCUUGCCAGUAAAUGCCCACUUCCAGCCUCUUACGUUCCACAACCUGUAACUCAUUUUUCUGACCACAUGAGUUUUUGGCAAAGAAGUGUGAACCUGGGAAGGACCCUGGUGCAACCCAUGGCUUGUGGACGUAUGUAUGUUCAUGCAGAUGAGAUUGCCUCACGCUUACUUCAAAGAAAAACAUCCAUUGUAGAGAUCAUGAGCCGUGCUGCUCUCUGGUUCAUGCGAUUCGACUUUGCCUUUGAAUUUCCACGCCCCUUGAUGCCAAACAUGAUCACUGUUGGAGGACUGGAUAGCAAGAAAGCCAAACCUCUGCCACAAGAGCUGGAAGAGUUUGUGAAUGGAUCUGGAGAACAUGGUUUUGUUGUCUUCACUCUGGGCUCCAUGGUUUCACAGUUACCUGAAGCUAAAGCCAGUGUGUUCUUUGAGGCAUUUGGGCAGAUACCUCAGAGGGUGCUAUGGAGGUACACUGGACCAGUGCCUGAAAAUGCCCCAAAGAACGUCAAACUGAUGAAGUGGCUACCACAAAAUGAUCUUUUAGGCCAUCCUAAGGUUAAAGCUUUUAUUACACAUGGUGGAUCACAUGGAAUCUAUGAGGGCAUCUGUAACGGGGUGCCAAUGGUGAUGCUUCCACUGUUUGGAGACCAGGGUGAUAAUGUCCAACGCUUAGUGUCUCGAGGAGUUGCAGAAGGCCUGAGCAUCUUUGAUUUGACCUCAGAAAAACUGCUGGUGGCACUGAGGAAGGUCAUCAAUGACAAAAGCUACAAGGAGAAGAUGACAAAGCUUUCAGCUGUCCAUAGAGACCGUCCUAUUGAGCCACUGGACCUUGCUGUGUUUUGGACUGAGUUUGUUAUGAGGCACAAAGGGGCGGACCAUCUCAGACCUGCUGCCCAUGAGUUGAACUGGAUACAGUACCAUAGUCUGGAUGUUAUCGGCUUCCUCGUUCUCAUUGUAGUGACUAUUAUCUUUGUAACUGUCAAAAGUUGCAAGUUCUGUUGUAGGAAGUGUUUUGGGAAGACUCAUAAAAAGAAGAAGGAGUAGAUACAUGAUGGGGUUAAAAGUGUGUGGAUUUAUUUUUCAGUGUUUUGUAUUAUUAAUACCUCUGUGUCUUGGAUAAAACCUCACAAAACCUC